CCUUUUUCAUCCGAGCAAUUUUCAUUGGAAUAAUAACAGUUGAAGUAAAGUGAAGGAUAGAAUAAAUAUAUAUGCGAUGCAUACGGCUCAACGAGACGGGAAAACGGCGCAGCGCGGAGUUGACGCGCGCAGUCGCGUUUCAGAUAUACGAGCAAUUCUUUCUGGCAAAUAAAACUAUUUUUUAUUUCAGCUGUUAAAAAACAAUUUGCCUGUUAUCAGUUCAAUUGCGAUUUAAAUUGCCGCGGUCCUCGGUUACUCGUCGAGAAAAUACACUUAAGAUCAACAUAUCUUUCUUCGAUCAGAAUCCGGAGGUAUCUAGUAUUUGCUCUUUGUGAUUUUGAGAAUAUUGAUCACUUAAUGAAAAACAGAGAUUUCUGACUCAAAUUUUCCUCGGAAUCAGAGAGCGAGUUUUGAAACCGAUUAAUGGGAAAGUAUUAGACAGUCUGCUGUUGUCCGAUAAGGAAUGUGAUCGUAUUAAUUGUAAAUUAACAAAUUGGAAAUGGAUGAGUGGUUUCACUUGCUUCAAUGACACGGAAUUUCUUUUUCAAAGACGCCCGAUGGAUGUGAUGCACACGAGACACUUUCCUUUGGUUUGUGUCAUGGAAAAUUAAGUUUUUCUUAGGGUGGACAUGGUAACGAUGAAUUCUGAAAAGUCGGCAUGUUGCCGAAAAGCUGGGGAAAGUAGUGAUAUUGGAGGAACAACUGAUCAACUAAGGCGUAAAGAUAAUCAAAAGAAUCAGUCUAAUAAUCGGAAUGGAGAGACAUUCGAUAAAUAUCAAAGUAGUCAUACAUAUCACAUCACUGCCUCGUGUGCCGAAGACACUCCAAACUACCUUGUAUUUCAGAAAAUGGAAGCUAUCGUAGAAAAAAUGUCGAAUGAAGCAUCAGGUGUUCCAGUAAAAACAGUGAAGAGCUUUAUGACAAAAACACCUUCAGUUUUUACGGGUACAGAUUUAAUAGCAUGGAUGAUGAAGACUAUGACUAUAGACGAUCAAGAGGCCCUUCAUGUGGCACAUCUUAUGGCAUCCCAUGGAUAUUUUUUCCCUAUAGACGACCACUGCCUUACUGUUAGGAAUGAUAAUACGUUUUACAGGUUUCAAACACCAUAUUUUUGGCCAUCAAAUUGUUGGGAACCAGAAAAUACAGAUUAUGCUGUUUAUUUAUGUAAAAGAACAAUGCAGAAUAAAACACGUUUGGAAUUAGCAGAUUACGAGGCCGAGAAUCUAGCUAAAUUACAGAAAAUAUUCUCACGAAAAUGGGAAUACAUUUUCAUGCAGGCAGAAGCACAGAGUAAAGUUGAUAAGAAAAGGGACAAGCUAGAACGCAAAGUGUUGGAUAGUCAAGAAAGAGCUUUCUGGGAUGUGUAUAGACCAAUGCCUGGAUGCGUUAACACUACAGAAUUAGACAUUAAGAAAGCAUGUCGUAGUUGUAAAUCAACUUCUGAAUCAAAUACGCAACUGCGACUAGGAGACAGUGGUCGAGUUCCUUCGCAACAAGGGUCGAAUGUAGCACCGUCGGUAGAAGUUCUUCACAAAGAGAUUGAAAUACUGAAUAAUAUAUUAGAUAGACCAAAUACAAAAGUAUCAAAAGUAUCAGAAGCUCUCAUUGGAUAUUUUGAACAGUAUGUAGAGUACGAUCCUUUUUUUACACAACCUGAAUUCACAAACCCAUGGAUAUCGGAUAAUCCUGAAAUGUGGGAACAAGAGAAAUUAGCGAAAGAGGUAUCGACGAGAAGGGUAAAAAGGUGGGCCUUUAGCCUACAAGAACUGUUACAAGAUCCUGUUGGCAGAGACCAGUUCACACGGUUUUUAGAUAAAGAAUUCAGCGGUGAAAAUUUGAAAUUUUGGGAGGCUGUACAGGAGUUGAAAACUUUACCCCAGAAAGAAAUUCAGAUUAAAAUAAAUGAGAUUUGGAACGAGUACUUGGGCCCGGAUGCUAGUUGUCCGAUCAACGUUGAUUCUCAAUCUUACGAAAUAACGAAGAAGAAUUUGCAGAAGCCUGAUCGAUGGUGUUUCGACGUAGCAGCGGCGCAUGUUUAUCACCUGAUGAAAAGCGAUAGUUAUUCGAGGUAUCUACGGUCGGAAAUGUAUAAGGACUUUCUCAAUGGCUCGAAGAAAAAGACUUCUGUAAAAGGUAUUCGUUCUAUUGUGUCGUUCAGUGGACGAAGGGACACGGCCACCUCCUAAUUAAUACAAUAUCAAUUUUUUGGUUGUGGGCGUAAUUCCAAAUCUCCAAUUGUAUUUCCAUUCUUAGAAUGAUUCGAAGAGGAACACUAUGUUUAUUCGAUAAGUGUAAGAUUUGCUCAUCUUUCUGCAGAAGUAAGUACAUUGAUACCAUUUACAUAAACAGCACAAUCGGUUCUCUUAAUUAAUAUACCGUCUCUGCCCUUCCGAUUUAUUCUCUUCCGGUGAGAUCUAAGAGAGAGUAUCUUUUAGCUUUCUCAACCUCGACAUUUACAAAUUAUUUCUUCUACUGUACAUAGAAUUAAUUAUGUGGAGAAUGACGAUAAAAAUUAUAUAUACAUUUUAUUUUAAAUAUACAUUUUUCAAUUACACACACACCAUUGUGAUGCUUAAUUGUUUAAGUUGUGAUUUGUUAAUAUAAAAUGUAACACUCGAUUUAAAUAAACAGAGUAAUUACAAGGUAGAGCGAUUACUAAAUUGUUUUGUCAGGGGUUUUUAGUUUCACAGAUCUGUUUCAACU